AUGCAAUCGUCCUGUCUGAGGGCUCGAAACACCCUCCCAACCUCCCUAAGAUGGUCGAGGAGCCUUUGGUCGCGUAGUUCCCUCAGAUUUUCUGCUAUUUCCUCCAGAAUCUCACGCACAAAUCCGCGUCUUGCCUUCACUCGGUCUCCCUUUUCGGACAUCUUCAAGAACAGUUUCUCCUCAUCACCCACCCGUUUUAUUACUUUGAAUGUUCAGAAAGACACCCUUGCUGCAGAAAAACGAUUCUUCUCGACCAAUAAGUCGCAGUCCGGAGACUCGGAAAUUUUGCCAAUACUUCCGCCCAAGUCUGUAGGCUUGUGGUUACUGGCGUCCUCCACACUCGUUUUCGCUAUCAUUGUCGUCGGUGGUGUGACUCGUUUGACCGAAUCUGGUCUCAGUAUCACAGAAUGGAAGCCUGUCGCGGGAAUACUACCUCCCAUGUCCCAAGUACAAUGGGAAGAAGAAUUUGAAAAGUACAGGGCCACACCGGAAUUUAAAUUAUUGAACCAUUCGUUUCAACUUGAGGAUUUCAAGCGUAUUUUCUACAUGGAAUGGGGACAUCGCGUCCUCGGUCGUUUGAUUGGUGUCGCGUUUGUUGGUCCCUUGGUAUUUUUUGCCGUCAAGAAAAGAAUCUCGAAACCUCUGGCUAAUAAACUUGGCGGGCUUGCACUAUUAAUUGGUGCCCAAGGUGGUCUCGGAUGGUACAUGGUCAAAUCUGGCUUAGAUGAUGCGUUGAUGGAGACACCUGGAGCGGUUCCUCGUGUCUCUCAGUAUCGUCUGGCGGCACAUUUGGGCCUAGCUCUUUUGCUUUAUGCGGGGAUGUUCAGCUCAGGUUUGGCUAUUGUCAAGGAAUGGAAGUAUGCGACAGGAGCGCAAUGGAUGGGUCUCACAACGUCGGCCUUCAAUGAAGCACUCAAUUCUCCUGCUGUGAUGCGUUUCAAGGCUAGAUCAUGGGUCUUGACAGGACUUAUCUUUUUGACCGCGCUGUCUGGCGCGUUCGUCGCUGGCCUCGAUGCUGGUUUACUUUAUAAUGAGUUUCCUCUGAUGGGCGGACGAUUGGCCCCUCCCAAAGACGAGCUCAUGUCCCUGGCUUAUGCCAAACGUGCAGAUGGAUCAGACAAGUGGUGGAGGAACGUGUUUGAAAAUCCCACCACCGUUCAAUUUAAUCAUCGCGUUCUGGCUAUGACCUCCUACCUCGGCACGACUCUUUUAUUUCUCAGAGCAAGGAGUAUGCAUGCAGUUUUACCACCAUUGACACGGACUGCAGUAACUGCAGCGUUUGCAGUAGUGAAUAUACAAUUACUGUUAGGAAUCACGACACUUCUUCAAUUGGUUCCCGUCCCUCUAGCAGCGGCUCAUCAAGCGGGAAGUGUCAUGGUCCUAAGCGCCAUGAUACACGUUCUCUUAACUCUUCGCAAGCCGGGAGCGGCAGCAAGAGCUUGGAGAGCUUUGCAUAUGCAACGGCUCACUGGAGGAACAAAGAUUAAUAAAAGUACCCUACAGUAG